CUCAACUUUCAGCAGCGCAUUCCACUAGAACUUUUGUUUAAGCUUGCUUCAACCCACCUCAACCACAUACGUCCAUCAACCAUACACAGCACCCCAUCUCUCACCGUUUGCGCCAACUCCAAAAUCAAGAUGGCUGAAGGUGGUAUUGAUCGCAAGGCCGAUGAGAAGCUCACGUUCUCGACCUCGAAGGAGGUCACGGUCCACCCAACUUUCGAGUCCAUGUCAUUGAAGGAGAGUCUCCUUCGUGGUAUCUAUGCCUACGGCUACGAGUCGCCGUCCGCCGUCCAGUCCAGAGCUAUCGUUCAGAUUUGCAAAGGUCGCGAUACCAUUGCCCAAGCCCAAUCCGGUACUGGUAAAACGGCAACUUUCUCCAUUAGUAUGCUCCAAGUCAUCGAUACCGCUGUGCGCGAGACCCAGGCUCUUGUCCUCUCACCAACCCGCGAACUUGCGACACAGAUUCAGAGCGUUGUCAUGGCGUUGGGUGAUUACAUGAACGUGCAGUGCCAUGCCUGCAUUGGUGGAACAAACGUGGGCGAGGAUAUUCGCAAACUCGAUUACGGCCAGCACAUCGUAUCCGGCACCCCUGGCCGUGUUGCCGACAUGAUCAGACGUCGCCACUUGCGCACCCGCCAUAUCAAGAUGUUGGUUCUGGAUGAAGCCGACGAACUGCUCAACCAGGGUUUCCGGGAGCAAAUCUACGACGUGUACCGCUACCUGCCACCCGCCACUCAGGUUGUGGUUGUGUCCGCUACUCUUCCCCACGAUGUCCUUACCAUGACGACCAAGUUCAUGACCGAUCCGGUUCGUAUUCUCGUCAAGCGUGACGAGUUGACGCUCGAAGGCCUCAAGCAAUACUUCAUUGCCGUCGAAAAGGAGGACUGGAAGUUUGACACCCUGUGCGAUCUCUACGAUACCCUUACCAUCACCCAAGCCGUAAUUUUCUGCAACACAAGGAGAAAGGUCGACUGGUUGACAGACAAGAUGAGGGAGGCCAACUUCACUGUCAGCAGUAUGCACGGUGACAUGCCACAAAAGGAGCGUGACAGCAUUAUGCAGGAUUUCAGACAGGGCAACAGCAGAGUGUUGAUCUCGACCGAUGUGUGGGCUCGUGGUAUCGACGUUCAACAAGUCAGUCUGGUCAUCAACUACGACCUCCCCAGCAAUCGUGAGAACUACAUCCACCGCAUCGGUCGUUCGGGCAGGUUCGGGCGUAAGGGUGUCGCUAUCAACUUCGUGACGACGGAGGAUGUGCGCAUCCUCCGCGAUAUCGAGUUGUAUUACUCCACUCAAAUCGACGAAAUGCCCAUGAACGUGGCCGACCUCAUUGCUUGAUUAUGGUCGAGGAUGGGUCGGUUUUCCAUGUACUGCUACUGUCAACAGUAGACCAUUUCGGCAAGUCAGGGAAGGGCUGGCUUGCCCCGCGACACAGGGUCCGGUAAAAAAGGUUGGGAGGAAAGGGGCCUCAGAAUAUGAAGCUAUGCGAGAAUGCAAAUUUACGUAUCAUUAUACCACAGCGCUACCAAUAGUGUCAAAUUAUUUACUCAGAAAAGGGGUGAUGCACUGGGAUAUUGGAUGUGUACCUGUCAAACCUCAGUGGUCACUCUUGUGAAAAGGGAUGGCGGUCCAUUAUCAGGCCAAAGUCAGCGAUUACAUUGUGCAUCAAGAACUCUGUUCCCUUAUUUCUCUGCUAUUGCUUGCGACGCCCCCUUCUCAGCCUCCACGAUGUCCCUCUCCUGCAGCUCUAAAAUGUCACUAUCCCUCUGACUCUGCACGCGCAGGCGAUGGCGGCGUUGAUCUCGAUGCAGGUUAGGUAGGCGA